AUGGAUAGAUGGCCAAUUUCAAAUUAUGAUGUGAAUGAUCGCAAUGAGGUAAGAAGAGCUUAUAUUCAAAGAGGUCCCUAUCAACCCCCACAUGAUACUUAUCCCCAAACUAUAUUGUCUGGAUACGCACGUCGAUUUAACAAGUCUUGUGAAAUUGCAAGUCACUAUGGAGGAGACACAUUCAUUAGUAAAGGUUUGAGACUUGGAAUAAUAUCAAAAGAUCUGAUAAACAUAUUGGGGAACCGAAUAGAUUACCUUUUUGAGGUCAUGAUGAAAGUGAAACAUCUAGUAAGAAAGUUGUCUUUGAGUCCAUCUCAUAUAAGGGGGCAAGGUUAUGAUGGAGCAAGCAACAUGCGAGGUCAUAUUAAUGGGUUAAGGACUUUAAUCCAGAAAGAUUAUUCAUUUGCACAUUAUGUACACUAUUUUGCUCACCAACUUCAAUUGACUCUUGUUAAGGUUGCACACAAACAUGUUGAUGUUCAGCGUCUUAUUGAUUUGACCAAUCUUGUAUUGAAUACUAUUGUUGUUUCUUAUAAACGUAGAGAUGAGUUUCGACAAAAACAAGCUGAGAUGGUUGAAAAAGCCUUAUCUGAAGUUGCCGGAGAUGAUGAUAUAGCUAGAACUCAAGCUAUUUUGGAUGGCAUACAAAUUUUUGAUUUUGCUUUCAUGAUUUAUUUAAUGAAAUUAGUAUUAGGGAUCUCUAAUGAACUAAGUCUAUCUUUGCAAAGAAGAGAUCAUGACGUUGUAAAUGCUAUGUCCUUGCUUAGUACUACUAAGAGCGAUUUCAGAAGACUAGGGAUGAAGGAUGGGAAUCUUUGA